AACCGCUGCACCACCAGGCUGGUCUCUCUUCACAGUUUUUUAAUCUCCUCUGUGUUAAACAUCUCUAGUGGACCACUAUAGCCCUUACAGACCUCUGUUCUUGAGGGGCCCUGUGGUCCUGGGGGCUAGGUUUAGAUUGACCCAGUGCGUCUUCUCUGAUACUCACCCCAGAGAUCUCUGCCUAAGGAUUCAGUACAGAAAUGUCCCAAGGAGCUACAGCCUCAGGCUUGAGAAUUACAGGGAAGUGAGUUGAGGCAGGUUCAGAAAACUCAAGAUCCUGAAGCCUAGAACUGGUACCUGGAUACUCUAUGCUGGACCCAGGGAUUUUAAUCAAAAUCCAGCCCCAGGUCUUUUCACGGGACAAAAGAUGCCCUUGACCGAUCAUGGAUCAGUCUUGUCCCUGUGCUGAGCUUGGCAGCACGGUCUCGCCCAGAAGUCUUGCUAGGAACAUGUUCGGGCCCUGCCUGCCCUCAAAGGUGGCCCUUUUCAGCUCCGUUCUCCCACAGCAGGAGGCUAGGAGCUGCCAUUUUGGAGAAAGUGAGGAGAUUAGGAUCACUGGCUCUCAGGACCUCACAGAUCAUCUUCCUGAGACACGAGGUGGCCCAGACCUUGGGAAUAAACCUUUUUGACCUUUGUGGGAUCUGGCUGUGAGAGAGUCCCAAAAUAACAAUCUGAGUGUUUAUCUUGGACUGUCUUCUCUCCAGGGAUCUCCAAACACUUGAGAAAUCUGAUCUGGUGCCAAGGACAGGUGGUCAGACAGUCCCUGGGAGACUGAGUGAUGAUGGGUCCCCAGCUGGAGGCUGCAGGGUGAUGGAAAAUUUCUUCUCUCUGCCCCCCUCAUCAUCUACCCUCUAGCCAGAAACUACAGAGAUUCUCUCAGGUCCCACCAGUGCCGCUCUUAACGUUUUGUUUUAUAGGGCCCUGCUUCCGUGGAGCAGCCCCCGGUCAGCAGUUCUGUUGACCCACGCCUCUGGUUGUGACAGGUCUUGACUUGUUCCUGGAGAUCAUGCUCUUGUCUCCAUUCUUGCAGGCUUUCUGGAUGGCAGUGCACACCUUGGUUACACUGUGGAGUUUUUAAAUCGGUUCUGUAAACCCAGAGUGAGCCAGAGAGCAUACACACCCAGGGAGCCCGGGGUGACAGAUUGGAUGUGACUAGAAUCCAAGCCCUCUGUGAAAAGUUGGCAGUGCCCCUUCCUGUUCGGUGACCUGUAUCCCUUUCCAUUUAAGGAGGAAAACUUUAUUAAACUUAUUUCUCCAAACACUUGAGAAAUCUGAUCUGGUGCCAAGAACAGGUGGUCAGACCUGUCCUUGAGAAAGAUUUUAAAUUUGUCUCUCGGCCUGUGACAGUUUGGGAGCAUGACUUCACCAAGUUACUGCAAGGACAAGUGAGUGAGAGCCUUCCCUUCUCUGGCUGAAGUAGGGGCUCAAUUUUUUUUGGUGUCAGUCGUAUACAAUGACCUGAAUUCUCUAAGUAGUAGAAACCACAGCGCCCCUAUUUCUUUAGAAAUACUUAAAAAAUAAUAGCUGCCUUUAUCAAGUCCUACUAAAUACCAGGUACAGUGUGAAGUAGUUUAUAUCUUUGAACUAAGUUAUUCUUCAUGGUUGCCUCAUGUUAACUGAUGAAACCAAGGUUCAGAAAAAAAGUGACUUGCCCACAGUCACACAAUUAAGCUAGUCACUGGUAGAACAGACCUUGGGUCUGUGUGAUCCAGAGUUGGUGCCUUUUUGUCUGUCCUUCGCCAUUGAUCCCCCUGGCUUUCUGCAUAUCUACUCAUGCCAUGGGCAUGAGUCUACAAAAGCUGAGUACGGCUGUUGAGGACAGGACAUUGUGGCCAUCACUCAUUCACAGGGUCUCCAGGAGUUGGAGCUGACUUGACAGCACGUAACAAAAAACUGAUGAUGCCCUUUCUCAUUUCCCAGAGCCAUCUAGAGCCCAAGGCUGCCCACCUUCCAUCUCCUGCCACUGCCCUUGGCUUGUGCACGUGCCCUGCUCUGAUUCUCUGCCUAGGAAAGGACCAUGCAGCUGGAGAUCAAGGUGGCCCUGAACUUCAUCAUCUCCUACUUGUACAACAAGCUGCCCCGGCGCCGGGCAGACCUGUUUGGGGAGGAGCUAGAACGCCUCUUGAAAAAGAAAUAUGAAGGCCAUUGGUACCCUGACAAGCCACUGAAGGGCUCUGGCUUCCGCUGUGUCCAUAUUGGGGAGAUAGUGGACCCUGUGGUGGAGCUGGCCGCCAAGCGGAGUGGCCUGGCAGUAGAGGAUGUGCGGGCCAAUGUGCCUGAGGAGCUGAGUGUCUGGAUUGACCCUUUUGAGGUGUCCUACCAGAUUGGUGAGAAGGGGGCUGUCAAAGUCCUGUACCUGGAUGACAGUGAGGGCUGUGUUGCCCCAGAGCUGGACAAGGAGAUCAAGAGCAGCUUCAACCCCGAUGCCCAGGUAUUUGUGCCCAUCGGCAGCCAGGACAGCUCCCUGUCCAACUCCCCAUCGCCAUCCUUUGGCCAGUCACCCAGCCCCACGUUCAUCCCCCGCUCUGCCCAGCCCAUCACCUUUACCACUGCCUCCUUCGCUGCCACUAAGUUUGGCUCCACCAAGAUGAAGAAGGGUGGUGGGGCAGCGAGUGGUGGGGGUGUGGCCGGCAGCGGGUCAGGUGGCCAACAGCCCUCCCAGCAGCAGCCGCGCAUGGCCCGCUCUCCCACCAACAGCCUGCUGAAGCACAAGAGCCUCUCUUUGUCUGUGCAUUCACUGAACUUCAUCACGGCCAGCCCCGCCCCUCAAUCCCAGCUCUCGCCCAACGCCAAGGAAUUUGUGUACAACGGCGCUGGCUCUCCCAGCCUCUUCUUCGAUGGGGCUGAUGGCCAGGGCAGUGGCACCCCAGCCCCCUUUGGGGGCAGUGGGGCUGGCACCUGCAACAGCAGCAGCUUUGACGUGGCCCAGGUGUUCGGAGGUGGCACCAACAGCCUCUUCCUGGAGAAGACGCCCUUUGUGGAAGGCCUCAGCUACAACCUGAACACCAUGCAAUAUCCCAGCCAGCCGUUCCAGCCUGUGGUGCUGGCCAACUGACCACCCACCUGCCUGCGGGGCCAGGAGCACCCAAGACCACAGAAAAGAGAAAGGAAAGGAAAGGCCAAAAAAAGAGGAAAAGAAAAAUAUACAAAAAGAUGUCCAAUCUUCUCACUCUCACUUCUAGAAAAAAGAUCCAGCCCAGGCAUGGAAGGGGAGGGGCUCCCGAAGCACCCGAUCGUGUUUAACUCAACCCCCCUGCUGUUUUCCUGCCUGCCUCUGAUUUAUUUGGUUGGUUUGGGUUUUAUAUUUCUUUUUUUUUUUUUUACAUGUAGUUUUCUAUAUAACAUAUUUAAUUAGUGGCUUCCUGUGCUAAGAAUGGUCCAGAUGUGAAUUGCUGCUCCCUGCUCCCUCCCUCCCUCCUUUACACGCCUGGUUUAGGAUUGGUGUGUCCAAGCUCACAGGGAAGGAAGAGCCGCAGCUGGGGCCUGGCCCUCCCCAGAACAGGGAGAGGCUGCCCUGUGUCACUGCCUCCGUCACCCAGCUAUCCUCUCACUCAAAGCCAUCCAACCUCAGCAGGCCUUCUUGGGCCCUGCCACCCAAAUAGGUCUGACCCCAGCCUCCACUCCCUCUCAGGCCUGGGCCACAGGGAGCUGCCGGCUGGCUGCUUGACACCCUCCCCCUAGAGCUGAAGUCUCUGACUCCAGGGAGGUUAGCACUCUGUCUAGUGGAAUUCCUUUCAUCUCUGUCCUAUGGCUCCACGCCACCAUCCCCAACUGGCCCAGCCUAUCAUCAUGGCCCUGGAGACCCAGCCGUUGACAUGUGGCCUCUCUCACACGGCCUCUUCUUCCCUGGGCCUGAGGUGGUGGGUGGGGAGGUGGGACAAGUGUGGGUCGGGGUGUGUGCCUGCGCAUGUGCGUGGUUUGCCGUCCUGUUUUAAAGGAUUCCAAACCAUGUGGAACUUCCCCUCUGGGUGUGAUUCUGGGUUGAGCAAGUGCUUACUCAUGUUUGAGGUUGGGGAACGGGCCAGGGACGGCGUGUCAGUCCUCUUGUAGGGUGGUUCACGUGGUGGGGUGAGACUGCGGCUGAGCCUAAGACACUCCCAGGGGAAAGCACUGCAGAAGGAACUGGUUUCAGACUGCGGAGGGAUCUGCACUUUUGUUUGUUUUUGACCAAAAAAAGGUUAGUGUGAGGGGCUGAGGGAAUAGCAAGCCUCUGAUGCCUAAGAAGCCCCUGAACUCAGACUCUCCUGUUGUGUGACCUUAGCCCGGGAUGGGAGCUGCUCACCUGAGCACCCUGGGGGGCGGGAGUUAGUCGGUGCCUGAAGUGGGCAGUCCUGAGCCUUGAGUUGAGACUUUUUGGUCUUUUGGUGUAGACAUUGUUUUAGUACAUUUCUGCCCUUGCCUGCUUGAGAACUUCUUGGUACCUCUUGCCAUCCCCUCACUGCCCGACCCAACCCCACUGGGCCCAGGAGUGGUCUCCUGAGCAGGCUGGGCUGAACAGGCGCUUGGCCGUUGCAGGUGGUGUGUUUGGCUUACAGAAGAGCACUCGCUCUCGCCUCUGCCGGGAGAGAAGUUGUUUCUCUGACCCAACCCUAGUGGGCCAGCUUCCAUGCCGUGAUGCUUUGGCAAAUGGGGUGCAUGGCAUCAGGGCCCCCCCCACCAUCAGAAAGUACCAAAGUCCUUGGCACCCUACCCCACCCUCUCCGGCAAUCCUCAAGUGGGCAACUGCUAUGGCAGUGGGUCCAGCCCAGACAGACACUGCCAGCCUCCUCCCUGCAGUGGGCACCAGCUCUACCUCCCCUAGCCAGGCAAUACCCUGGCUCCUCAGCCCAGCACCAUCUGUCCCCCUACACUUCUCAGGGGCCAGCCCAGGCUGGGCCACCCUCUCCCUAGCCCUCAGCUCCCACACAGGUCACGUGCCCAGGCAGAUGGCUGCUCUCUGGGAAAGGUUGGAUGCUGCCUUAUGUCCCUCCCAGCCCCCUCCUCCCACACUCGCGCACACAGGUACCGCCACACCUGGUUGGCUUGUUUCUCACCACACAGGGAGAGGGGGACUAGCCCCUAGUAUCUUUUGAAAUACGAAGAAAAAUGUGUGUUCAGGAGCAUGACUCCAGCGCUGGGCUCUUAGGCCCGGUUCAGUCUGUCUCGUCUCAAAUCUAGGCAUUUUUGCUUCAAUUUUAUUUUUUUUAAGGAAACAAAAACAAAAAUCUGCACUAAUUUACCUGGUUUCGUAGGAAAACUUUUUUUUUAUUUUUUACAUUUUUUGGUGUCCGUUUGUAUUGAAUAAUUUGCUACAUUUGUAAAAUGUAAGAGGUAUAUAUAAUAUAUGUAUAUUUCUAACGUAAAAAACGUAAUUUUUUUCUUUUCAAGAUUUUUUCUUAAAAAGAGGACAGAAAGAUAUUUUUUCAGGAAAAACAAACUUUAAAAUAAAAAAAGAGGAGACUAAAACCUAUUUCUCCCCUUUCCCCAUCCUCUCUCUAUCUACCCCUUUCCCAGGAACAAAUCAAAAGGUGGAUUGUCUUGUAAAGAAUGUAAGCUUUUAGUCCAGAAUGAUGAUUUUUCUCAAUGCAGUGAGCUAUAGAUUCUCUGGUUUGACCCCUAGGGACGGGAAGGGGGGCAUUGAGGCAAUGUGGAGAGGAGCUUGGGGGGGCAGGGUAAGGAACUUGUUUUCUUUAGUGAAGGAGGAAUACAAUCAAGCGUUUUGUAUUCAGAAUGUUGUGCAAUAUUUUGGAAUGGGACAUUGGUGUGUUAGAGGUUUAGUUUAAAAACAAAAGGAUUGAUCAAAUCUGUACAGUUUAUAUUGUUCCAGAUUUUUUUAAGUUUGUAUUAAAAGCAUGAUAUAUAAUA